AUGGUCAAGGUGUUCCAGCGGUCACCCCUGGCUAUGGCUAGAAGUUCGAGCCUUCAUGCUUUAUGCCACUCACCCCUCCACUCUCCUCAUGCCUCACUGAUAUCUCCGUAUGGUUAUUUGGGAAACUCUCAGGUUUCUGAGUCUGCCAGUACUGGAAGCUACAGGGAUUACGCCACCAUCAGGCAUGCAAAGUCUGGAAGCUCAAGUGCCGUUGAAUUGGAACAUAAAAAGUCUAUAGAAGAAGAGGAUCUGCUGUCCAAAGUGCAAAGCUUAAACACUGCGUGCAAGAAUGAUUCCGAUGAUGAUGAGGGAAAGCUGUUUCAUGUGUGA